AAGAAAGAAGUAAAGUUGAAGGUAAUAGUGUUGGGCGAUGUAGGAGUUGGCAAGACAUCAUUGUUGAACCAAUAUGUAAAUAGAAGGUUUGAUCAUGGCAAGUGUACAUCAACAAUUGGUUCAUUUCUUUAUGUAAAGGAGAAUAUAGAUGUAUCUGAAGAACAUGUAGUAUCGAUGAAUAUAUGGGAUACAGCCGGUCAAGAACGAUUCGACUCAUUAUCCGACCUAUACUAUCGUGGUGCACAAUGCUGUCUACUGGUCUUUGACAUAUUCGAUGGGAAGUCAUUCGAACAUUUGGAUAAAUGGCGUGAGGAGGUGCUCAAGAGAGUCAAUCCGAGAGACCCAGACACCUACCCAAUAGCAGUACUCGGUAACAAGCUCGAUCUUGUGGAGCAUGCUACUGCUGCUCAACAACGUGUUGUAUCAAGCAAGCGAGCAGCCACAUGGUGUAUGAAUAAUGGCAUCCCAUACUAUGAGACAUCUGCAAAGGAUGGAGCCAAUGUCGAGAAAUCAUUCAAAGAUAUUGCAAUGUUUGCUACAGGUCUAUAUUACAGACCGUAUGUAUCUUCAAUCAAUCAAUCAAUCAAUCGAUCACUCUCUCACUCAAUCUCAACAUAUAUA